AUGCUGCUCAAUUACAUUCUUUCUUUGUUCCUUUCUUUAUUUUUAUUAUUUUCUAUAUUUUUCCCCUUCUUUCUUUCUUUGCAAAUUAUUCUUAUUUUUCUAUAUUCUGAUCAAUUACUUUCUUUCUUCCUUUCUUUCUUUUUAUUAUUUUCUAUUUUUCUUUCUUUCUUUCAAUAUGCAUUUCUUUAUUUUAUACAUAUAAUCUGUUUUCUUUCUUUCGUUCUUUUCUACUUUUUAGUAUUUUUCUGUAUUCUGCACUCUUCUAUCUAUCUAUCUAUCUAUCUAUCUAUCUAUCUAUCUAUCUAUCUAACCCGGUCUAUUCAUAUCUAUCUAUCUAUCUAUCUAUCUAUCUAUCUAUCUAUCUUCAUAUCUAUCUAUCUUCAUAUCUAUCUUGGCCUGUUCAUAAUAUCUAUCUAUCUAUCUAUCUAUCUAUCUAUCUAUCUAUCUAUCUAUCAGUCUGUUAAUAUCUAUCUAUCUAUCUAUCUAUCUUUCUUUUUCACUUUUUUUUCCAUAUUCUGCUUUCAGUUCUUUCCUCUUUUCAUUUUUCCUUUUCUCUUUAGUUUUCGAUAUUUUUAUCAUUUUUGUAUAUUUUUUAUUUCUUAUUUUCUUUCGUCAUUUCUCCAUUUCUUUCUUUCUUUCUUGCUUUCUUUCUUUCUUUCUUUCUUUCUUUCUUUCUUUCUCUCUUUUCCAUCCCCAUUUCUCUUCUUCACUUCCCCUACCUUCUUAAACUCGUCAAAUUAUUUGAAAAAAAAUCCUUUUCUCAGCGUUCUUCCAUUUUUUCGCAACUAG